AUGAUAGAACUUUACUCGUUUGCGCACAUGUUCGGGCCAGUUCUUGUCCUUACGAGUCUGUUAAUCUUCUGGGCCCACAGGCAUUUUCAACCUACACUACCAUUACCACCUGGACCACCAUCUGAAUUCCUUCUCGGUCAUACCCGUGUUAUACCCAAGGAGAACGCUGCUAAAGUUUACUCAAGAUGGGCCAAAGAAUACAACUCGGACAUCAUUCAUGUUAGGUCAUUAGGCCAGUCUACGAUUGUUCUCCAUAGUGCGGAGGUCGCCAAAGAUAUCCUAGAGAAGAAAGGCGCCAAUUUCUGUGACCGGCCUAGAUUCACUUUACUAGAGGUGAUGGGAUGGGGAAAGACGUUGACCUUUCUGCCAUUUGGAAAAAGCUGGCAAAUGCACAGAAAGCUUCUCCAGACAUCUUUUAGCAAUACCAAUGUUCGUCAAUGGCACAACCUGCAGAGGACCGAGACCCAUCGCACGGUAAAAGACAUCAUGGCAAGGCCUGGUACAUGGGAGACAUCUUUGCGUCGAUUUGCAGUGGCUAUUGUUUUGCAAGUGAGCUAUGGCAUGGAAGUACCGAGUGAUGACGACCCCUAUAUCCGGAUUGCUAACGACGCCAUGUAUGCUACCGGCAAUGGUGGAGUUCCAGCAAAUAGCCUUGUUGAUCUAGUUCCUUUUGUUCGCUAUCUCCCAGACUGGCUUAUCAAUGACUGGUCUUUACGAUUCGCUCGACAAUGGCGAUGGGCUAUCACGAAAUUACACGACGUACCCUUUGCCGCUGCACAAGCCGAGCGUGGCAAUAAGCAAGAUUGGUCUCUGGAUGACAUCAAAGGGGCUGCAGGCGCAGUCUUCAUAGCAGGCGCCGAUACCACAUGGGCAACUUGUGUUAUCUUCGUUCUCAAUAUGGUUCUUCAUCCCGAGAUACAAAAGAAGGCACAGGACGAGCUUGAUGCGGUACUAAGACCUGGGAAGCUACCUGAGUUCUCAGACCGACCAUCUUUACCAUAUGUCGAACACAUUGUGCAAGAGAUUUACAGAUGGUCACCACUGGCUCCCCUUGGGAUCCCCCACAAAUCGCUUCACGAUGAUGUCUACCACGGCAUGUUUAUUCCUAAAGGUAAGUCUGACGGAAUUCACACAAUGCCUGUUAUAACUGUUGUUUAUGCCAACUCGUAUGCCAUAGCACAUGAUGAGCGAGUCUACAAAUCUCCCCACGAAUUCAAUCCUGACAGGUAUGGCGCGGGCGAGCCAUAUCCUGUUGGUAAUUUCGGGUUUGGGCGUCGGAUUUGUGUUGGUCGGUUUCUGGCGGGCAACAGUGUCUGGAUCAUGGUAGCAACAAUGCUGUCCACAUUGCAAUUCUGCAAGAAGGUGGCUCAGGACGGAACACUAAUUGAGCCGCGAGUCCAAUUCACCAAUGGUGGAACCUGGUCAGUCAAUCCCCGCAACCCAAUGAUCCCUGUUCCAUAUGUGCCCCCACAGUCCCUUGAAUGCAACGUCCAGUCCGGACCCCUGCCUUUGUUUCCUUGUAAAGCCGUCAACAUGAAACAAGCUUGCUGA